CAGAAUCUCCAGCUAUGAAAAAAGUCGAUCCACAAAGUCCUCACAGUACAGAAAAUAGACGCAACAAACGGCAGUUGGAGACCUCACCGCACUCAACUGCUAAGCGAUCACGUCCUGACGAUGGAGAUCGAAGACCGUUGCUUGACUUUUCACUCCCGAACCUGUCGCCUGCUCAAGCAGAACAGCUAUCCCAGGCGCAAGCCUAUGCACGGGGAUGGAAGCCGGCCACCCGAUCCGAGAAGCCCGACGACAUCCUUCUCUCCCUCCAUUUUCAGCCUCACGUUGCUUCUGGGGUUGAUGUGCGUACAUUGACUGUAUUGUCGCGCAUCUAUGUUGGAAGUAUUCACUUUGAUCUGAACGAUGCUCAUCUCAAAGCAGUAUUUGGUCAGUUUGGGAUUGUCAAAAACAUUAGUCUUUCAAUAGAUUACACUACAAUGCGCCACAAGGGUUUCUGCUUUGUUGAGUUCGACACCCCAGAAGCCGCGUCUCUAGCAGUGAAGAUGAUGCACGGUGCUGAUCUGGGUGGGAGACAGCUCAAAGUGGGAAGACCCAAUAACUUUGCUGCGGCUGCAGCAGUCGCCAAGCCUCUGCCACCACCUGGUAGAUUCUAUAUUGCUAACGUGAAUCAAUUGAUCACUCAAGAAAAUAUGGAAAGCAUCUUUGAGGCUUUUGGAAAACUACGAGCAUGCGUUUUGAUGCCAGAUAUUUCUACACGAAACCACAGAGGUUACGGCUUUAUCGAAUUUGAAGAGGCUUCUGCAGCAGAGGCAGCAAUGGAAGCCAUGAACAACUUUGAGAUGGGUGGGCAACCUUUACGUGUUGGUCCAUGCAUUGUUGGUGGUCCAUUAGGUGAAGGGAUGAAAGCUUUAGAUCUUUUACCCGUAAAAAAAACUACUGCUACUGAAGAUGAUGUUAUGAGUAAGGUGAAUGCAAACAUACAAAGCCUGGGUCUAAACAAGAAAGUCGAAGUUCCCUUGAUAUUGAAGCCAAGACCUGAAGUUCACUUGUCUACCAUAUCAAAUAUGGUUCAAGAACAAGUGAAUGCUCAGGGUAGUGUGGUAGAGUCGGUGGAUAAAGAAGAAAACAUUAGCAUCAACUCGCGGCAGAGAUAUGCUAUCAUGCAGAAACUUGCAGCCAGCAGAGAAGAGAUGACUACGAUACUACUGGUCCAAAAUGCAGUCAAGGCUUCUGAGGUCGACGACAGUCUUGGCGAAGAAUUCUCUGAAGAGUGCAGCAAAUACGGCUUGGUUCGAAGUGUCAAAGUGCAGGUCACGUCUGAUGAAAGCAGCAUAGAGGGCUUGGGCGGCAAGGAAACUGGAAGAGAAACCGGAGAUGGCGAUGUUAAGAUAUUUGUUGAAUUUGGAUCUGCACAAGCCACCAACAAGGCGUUUAAUAUUCUCGAAGGUCGAUGGUUCGGUGGUAGACAACUCAAGGCCACCUUGCUAUCAAAGGCUGCUGUGGAAAAGUAUGGCCUCUGAUAAAUCAUAAAAGGAAUAAAAAACACAAAGGACUAUUUCUUCUCUC